AUUUUGUAUUUAGAAUUGAUUAUUGUUUCUCUUUGUUGUGUUUGUUAUUAUUGUUACCGUCAACCAUGACGACCGGCACAGGUGACCAAAAACGGUCUUGGGCUAAAGAUGCGUUGCCAGCCAUUUUCAUAUGCGGAAAACCAAAAUAUGUUGUUCCUAGCGAGGUAACGCAGGGUCACGACUUUUGGAGCAGACUCUAUUCGCGCAAUUUAAUGUCCGAUCUGGGGACAUUGCAAAGGAGCGUCGAGCUGUCCAAGGAAAAUCCGAUGCACCGCGAUAACCACGAAAAGGCAGCCAUAUCGCAGGAGCUAAUGGAAAUCAAGCGGGCCGAGUUUUUGGAUAAGAAGAGGCGCCAGCAGCUCCGCAACGACUGCGAGGGAUUGCGCUUGCUGGAGGAGCAGCUGCGAUCGGCUGCGAUUGCCAAAGACCUGUCAGAGCGCAUGUCGCAGCAGUGCCAGGCCCGCAAUCUAGCAGUGAGAGCCAAAGCCUUAGGCCAGGAGAGAACCGUCUUGGAGCUGAUGGAGCUGGCCCAGGAGGACGACAAAAUAUUGGCCCAGAAGGAGGAGCAGCGAAAGCUUCGUGAGUCACUAGCUCGCCAAAUCGAAGAGAACCGACUACGCCGUCAGCAGGAGGCGGCAGAGAAAUUUUACCAGCGGGAGCUCAACAAUGCCAGGCAGAAGCAAAUCGAGGAGGAGGACAGAGUCGAGCAAGAGGAGAGGAAUCGUCAGAAAGCCCUGGAUCGCCAGAACACUCUCCAGUAUAUGCAAGAAAAAAAGGAAUACAAAAAUAUGGAAAAGGUCCGGGCCAGGGAUGAAUUGCAAAAUCUGCUCCAGACGCAGUCCGAAGUUGAGGAUAGGAAGAGCAAACUCGAAGAGGAGAGACUGCACCUGAUGCGCAAGCAGGAGGAGAUUAGCACACGCAUUGGCCAGGAGCUCUUCCAAGUGGAGAACUCAAAACGAAUCAGAGACUACCAGCUAUUGGAUCUACUGGAAGCCGAGUAUAAGGCCAAGGCGGACCUGCGUUUUCGUCAAGAUGUACAGGAGAAGACCAUAUCGCGAGAUCGUACGAAACAAGAAAUGAAUUUGUACCACUGGGAAAUACAGAAACGGAAAAUGGACGAACUGCAGAGGAAGCGAGACGAACUAUCCGCCCGGAAACAAGAACUUGCUAGCAAUAGUGAGGAGACGGAAAGAGAGGAACAGCUGGAAGCGUACCGAAAGCGAAGGGCGCACGGUGCCAUGCUCCUCUCGAUGAUUGAGGACAACCAUGUGAGGAGAGCCGAGGCCACGGCCGAACAUCUCCAAUACUUCAUAAUGAAAAAGAAGUCGGAUGACGAACGGCAGGCCUUUGAGGGGAGCGAGCGUCUCCGUAUGCUGUCCGCCGUGCCGAAAACGAUUCUUCCCUAUCUGCCCAAAAAUGUCUUGUCCAAGGCAGAGCAUGAAUAUUUUGGCCUAUCGAAGGAGCAGCAGCACCGACGCCUGGGAAAUGGAGACUGCUAGAUGGCGAUUGGUUCACCAUUUUGGCCCAAAUCCAAAUUGUUAUCCUACAGGGGCAGUGUUAUUUAUACGACGCAUAAUUUAUCUGAUAUAUCGAAUUUUAAAUGUAACCACCCGCCCGCCCACUGCGUACGUGACGUAUGACGUGUACCUUUUAGGCCGUGUGCUGUCUACUGACAUUCUGUUGGCAGGGACAAAAUUUAGUAUCACAUGAGGCACUUUUCAGGCUAAAAAUAAUAGAUAUCAUGGAUUUGCUCUUUAUAAUUGAAUAAAUUAUUUUAAAAUCAAUAAAUA